AUGGCGACGACCGGAGUGGGAUUUCGUUGGUUAGAUAUAUUAGAAAAGGAAUUUGAUAAAGCAUGUGUCGAAUUAGAUACUUCUAUAACGGAGUUGGAAACGGAAGAUCCAGAAAUUGUUUUUUCUGCCCGUCAGAAGGUUGCUACAUUGAGUUCAUGCUUCGCUCAGCUAACACACAAAGCUCUUACUAUUUUCCAAAAUAGUGCUAAGCUGGAGGCGGAACUUGUGGAUAUGCGCGCUGAGCUGAUACAAGCGAGAGCGGCUGUAGCGUGUAGAGACGGCGACAUGAUCUCCAACGUGGCUGAGAGCGUGCGGGCGCGGACGGAGGCGGCGCAGCUCGCGCGGGAGAACGCGGCGCUGCGCGAGACCGUGCUGGCGUUACACUCCGAGCUGUUCGGUGCCAGAUUAGCAACAAAAUACCUGGACAAGGAGUUGGCGGGACGGAUACAGCAGCUCCAGCUGCUCGGCAGAGACAUGCGCUCCGAGUUGAGGGACUCGCUGUGGGCACAGGUGGAGGCGGAGAUCCUGCUGCAGCGUCACAAGACGCUAGUGCGCGUGUGUCGCGGUCUGUCGCCGCGGCCCGCGCGCCCGCCGCCCGCCGCGCGCUCCCGCCCCCGCACCGUGUGCGUGCGCCGCUCCCCGCACCUCGGCCUCGGCAUCUCCGUCACGGGUGGUCGCGAGCACGGCGUGCCGAUCCUGAUCUCGGAGCUGGAGGCGGGCGGGCCGGCGGCGCUCACCGGCCAGCUGUACGUCGGCGACGCCAUUCUCGCCAUCGACGACUGUGAUCUCACGCAGGCGUGCCACAAGGAGGCGGUGCAGGCGCUGCAGAGCGUGAAGGGGGACUGCGCGCUCUGCGUACAAUUCAUAGCCACCGACGACGACGACCGCAUGUCAGAGGAUAAUUACCGGUUUCCGUUGUACCCGGAGGAGGGGUCUUACGGCGAGGAGGCGGACGGCUCCGGCGCCACGCCCACCGCGCCGCGCACGCCAGACUACACGCACAGAAGAGGUUCAAUAGGCGACGGGUACGCGGAGUACAGCGCGGUGCGCAACAACCUCGCCAUACUGGACAUGGACGACGACUCCAUUAAGAUUGAGGCGCGCCUAGAGAUGGCGCCGGUGUCAGCUGUGUCGGCGGCGUCGGGGGUGUCUGUGUACUCGUCCGCGUCGCCGGUGUCCACGCCCGUGCACGCGCCCCGACCGCAGCUCAAGAAGAAGAGGAAGCCGCAGGAUUGGAGAACGAAAGGAGCGUACUGCGCCAUAUCGCCUGACGCGCCCUCCUCCGACGAGCCGCCGGACACCGCGCUCGACGCGACCGACAUGACGCACGACAUGUCCGACACCCCCCACAAUACGUUGCAGAACAUGGCCAGCAACAUCACGCAGAAUAUCACCGGCAACAUGUCACACAACAUAUCUAAUAACUUAGCCCAGAAUAUGACAAACAAUUUGAUGCAGAAUGUGUCUCAAAACGUGAUGCAAAAUUCCCACAAUAUGACAAACAACACGACGCAGAAUAUGUCAAACAACAUGCCUCAGAGUAUGUCGAACAACAUGCCGCAGACUAUGUCAAACAAUAUGACGCAGAGUAUGUCAAACAACAUAGCGCAGAAUUUGUCGAACUAUACGUCACAGAACGUGACGCAUAACUCUCACAGUCUCAACAAUAUGGUGCAGAAUAUGAGCGACAACGUGCCGCGACAAGACGUGUCGCCGGAUGUGACGCACCACACGCGAGAGGCAAACAACUGCAACAACAACAUAGAUCACACAUCCAUCGCCCUAGACAACGGUAUAGACUCCUCCAACUCGCAAAGCGCUAACGAUACGCCGACAUCCGAGUUGAAAGCAGCGAGCGUGCCCGUAGCGGACCUCGUAUCGACGUCGGACGAGCCGCUAGUACAAACGCCCCAAAACAACGCCACCGCCACGAGAAAUGUCCUCAAACCGCCCAAACUAAACGGAGACUCCCGAUUGAGGAGAGACACUAAAGGUUUUCGGAUAGGUUCAGCUCGACGCGUGACGGAGGCGGAGCCCCCGCCGGCCACGCCCUUCCCCGCCUCCCGCCUGCUGCCCGGACACGGCGACCCGGACUUCGGCACCCCUGUCUAACCGCAGGGCAACAGUAAAAUGCGAUUUAUAAGCUAAAUGUCACAGCCGAAACUUAACAGUCUACUUAAUUUCGGUCGCUUAUUAUACUGUGCGUAGAAUUGCGUAUUAUACUGCCCAUAAUGGCGUGUCUUUGUCACUCGCUUAUGAAUUCAAAGCUAUCGCACUCCUAUUGCACAAUUGCGAAAACACUGCAGCAUCUUAAUCGAGUGUGAAAAGGACAAGCUACGAUGAGUAUGACUACAAUAAUAAUAGAUAAAUAAAUCACCAAUUAUAAUCAAAUUGACAUUUUAUACAUUGAGCUUAUAAAUCGUUUUCUCAUUUGUUUACUUUGUAAGAAGAGAAUAAAACACAGGGGUCAUGCUCAGUCCAUUCUUAAUGUGACUCAAUAAAAACGCAUCUUGUGAUAUCACAUAAUAUUACGUAUUGGUAAUAUAUUGUGGGUUUAGUAAUAUUAUGUAUUUGAAUACAUAUAGAUCGCUGUCAAAUAAAUCCUUAGGGCGACAGUUUUAAGGCAGCAAUAAGACUGAUUUAUCAGAUUUAGUCAGAACUGACUAAAGACUGUCGUGUCAUAGAGGACCGGCAAGCCUUUUUUAAAAAAUAAAUAAACCGUAAUUUCUCGAUAAAAAAAUUACCGUUUCGAGAUAAAACAAAUGUGACGUCACAAGUUUGCUAUGUAUCAAUCUCAUAAUAUAACGUGCGACUCCGAGUCAUUUAGUGAGACUGUACUCUUAUUUAGUUGUAAUGUAAGACCUCGCCACCUUGGCAAUAUUCUAGACUUUAGGUAACAGAAACAUUCACAUAAUAUUAUCAUUAGUAAAGACUACCCUACUAAACUUAACCUCUUUUAUUUGUAAAUAUUAAGCUUGGGGGAUUAUUUUUCUUCACUUUUAGACUUAUGUAAUGUAUUAUAAUAUUAUGUUUAUUUUUUAUUUAUUGAAGAAACGUUUAAUUGUCUAGGUAAUUCCUGUUGUAACGUGAGUCGUGACUGUAUUUAAUUUCAAAAUAUUCUUUUUCGAAGACAGCAGAAACAUUGACAGCUGUCAAACUCAAUGCUGCCAGUAAAAUAAUUGGAAUCUAUAUAUUAAUACGUGAGCCAAAAACUUUGUAACCC